UACCAUUAAAACAACAACAACAAAAACAACAACAAUAACCCCCCACCACACCGCACACACAACAACACACGGACUUGACGCACUGGCAGCGCACUUUAUACACCGCGGAGGUGACACGCAUGAAGGAGAAGCAGGAGCGGGAGGCGGCACACGCCAAAGCGGAACUGGAGGCCAUUACAUGCCAGAACACCAAAUUCGAGGAGCAUACAAGGAAGCUCUCGAAUCAGAUUGUUCGCUUAAACGAAAGGAUUCUCGAGCAGCAGAAGCAGCAUGCGAUAACCACCACACAGCUGCGCCACAUGCAGGCCACCGCUACCUCAGAAGCCACCAGAUCAUCAUCUUCACUUUCCACACUGACUGUCUCGGGCAGCGCAACCACAGCGAGCACGGCCACAGCCGCCACCGAGGAUUGGCAGCCAUUCAAGCGUCCCUCUGCACCCUCCUCAAAUCUGGCAAUGGAAGAUGAAGAGGGGGAGGUAUUCAACAACACAUAUUUGACGGACCUAAAGCUGGGUCGUGUGCCAGAUAUAACCAGGGCCGAGGAGCUAAACUAUCGAAACUCGCUGCAACCGCCGCAUCUGAGGAGCACCUACGCGGCCCAAUACGAUGUGGGAAGCCAAGAUGAAGAUCUCAAAGACGGACCACAUAGUCUGGACGACAGCAUGAGUGCCCUGCUCAGCUCCUCGGCAAGCACUGGGGCCCGCAAGAAGACAAUGGGCACCCACUAUAAGCGUCCUGGUCCGCCCACGCCCAGCAAGAACGGUGGCCGCUUGUCCUUUGGCAGCUCAGAGCCGCCACGUGAGAUACUGCGCGAGACUUGUGAGAACAACGGCAACUCCAAGACACCCACACGCUUCAAGAUGUUCACCUCGCGCUUUAGCAUUGGCAGUAGCACCAGCGGCAGCAGUGGCCUGCCCCGUGAUGAGCGGCCGCUACGUCGUAAGCGGCCGAAUCUAUUGACUGGCAUGCAGCGCCGCAGACUGCAGCUACGUCAGCCAUCAAGUCCCUUCUGCACCUCAACGCCACGCAAGAGCCGCUCCUACUACGAUCAGAGACGUCUGAUAUGUGCCAGUGAUGCGGUCUCAGAGCAUUGUGACGAUGAAGAAGACGAAGAAGUAGUUAACAAGCAGGAGCAAGAGCAGGAGCAGGAGCAGGAGCAGGAGAUUGUGGCCGAAGAGCUAGAGGAGGACGGCACACCGCAUUUGUCUAACACUGCACUUUUGGCCAUUAACCGUGGAACGACCCGCAGGCUCAGCAGCGAUCCGCGAAUCAGUACGCCCAGUUCAGGGUCCACUCCCCAUGUGGGUAGGCGGAAAUAUCGAAACGGACGCGUUUCCCUUUGUCUGCACGGCAACAUCUUUGCCAAGAGCCGGCCGCUGGCAAAAAUCCCAGCAGGAAAUCUCAAACAGCAGCGCACAAAGCUGAAACAGCAGCGGUUAAAUCGUUUCGAUCAGGGAAGGCACCUCCACGAGUCCCCAGUGGCGGGUGCGGGCAAUCUCCACCAACAGUCACCUAUCCCAGGCAGUCUUCUCAGGCAACAUCACGCACCGACGAAUGUCACCUAUCAGCUGCUGCAGCCGCUGGCCCGCUGCGACAACAAUAACUACAGUCCGCACAAUCGCAACGAAGUGCAGCACCAGCAGCUGCUCCUGAAGAUGGGUCAAACGGUGGUGCUAAAGCCAAAGGAUCAGAUUCUCGAGGAUGGAUUAAUGCCAGCAGCUGCCACAUUCAAUGUCAGUGAGAGUGACACAACAGAUACUUGGCACAACCAGCAGAGAACAUCCAGGGAGAGCAUUCAGACCUGGUUGACCGAAUAUACCGGAGAGAACGAAGACGAGAUCGCAAUCGAGGAUGAGGAUAUCCAUGGCGGCCAAUUCGAGCGGCUGUGCAGGGAAAAAGAGUCGACGGCACCAUUUGAACUCCAGCCGCUGCACUACAGAGAACAGGAGGAGCAUCGAAUGGUCAGGUCGGUGAGGCCGGUCAACAUUACGGGCACACACAGCGCGUGCACGACCAAUGCCAGCUGUGCAACAAAUCUGACCAGUGCCUCGUCGCGAAAGUCCUGUACAAUCUACUCCUUGGGGCACGUACACUCGGAGCCGCUGCCGACGGUGACCAUCACGAAUGUGGAGCAGCGGGUGGUGCACCAGGAGCCAAGAAUUCAGAAGCUGACGCUGCGUGAUAUGUGGCACGCUCUCUGUCGCCUCAAUCUUUCCGGCCAACUGAUUGUUAGCCUGGCGCUGCAAGUAAUCGUGAUGCUGUGCUCUCAGGUGUCGGACAGAAUGGCCCUGGGUGUCAUCACUGCCAUGGGAUUGAUUCUUGUGGUUAUUUCGCGGAGCUGUGGCAAGUAGAUAAGGCCAGAGGGAGGGUCGCAUACCAGGAAGAAAGACACACACACACAACAACAACAAGAAAAUCUUAUUGAAUAAAAUAAUCGAACAUUCACAUAAUCGAACAUUAAUGAAAAGUCUCCGCUUUAUUUUUGUUCCAUUCACAGAAUUCGCCGCCAAAGCGCCGCCUUAGCAAUAUGUUCAAGAGGAAAUAAAUGUAAAUAAAUGUCGUCGAUUUAUGUAUGUACAAAGAAAAGUCCGAAACCAAACUAGAAUUAACACAUAAAGAAUAUAAGCAAUGAAAUGCAUUAAGCAUUUCAUUAUUAUUAUAAUUUAUUUUUUUUGUACACUAAAAGUCACACGAAAGCCUGAAGA